AUGUCUCCGUUUCAGCUGUCUGUCUUCUGGCGUCUGUCGCUCAUCUUCUUUUUUAACUCUUUCCUCUUCUUUCUCGACAUUUUUACCACGGCGGUGAUCAAGACUAACUGUCACCAUGGCAACGUCACACACUUCGCACAAACACUCGCCGGAAAAAGGACGGAGGGUAACCAAGCAGAACUUUUAGGGGAUGAAUCUGAUUGGAAGAGCAACAGCUUUGAGCAGAAUUCACUGUGCAGGACUCAGUGGUUGUCUUACGGACAAACUGCUUUCAUGGUGGGUCUCCUGCUUGGAACGCUGAUGGGUGGUCCUCUGUCCGACAGGUACGGGAGGCGCCCUGUGCUGCUGGUGUGUGUGUGCAUGCACGCUGUGUGUGGCGUGGUGCCCGCCAUUCUUCCUCAGCCAUUCCUCUUCCUCGCCAUCCGCUGUCUGACAGGCGUGUGUUGCUGCUGUAUUAACAUCUGCUCCUUCACUCUGGCUGUGGAAUGGACGGCGCCCCCCGCCCGCCUCUGGCCCCCAGCCUUUUUAGGCUUCUGCUUCAGUCUGGGGACUAUGGUGGGACCUCUGCUCGCAUGGCUCAGCCCCACCUGGACCAAGCUACACCUGUCCCUGGCUCUUCCACAGCUCAUUUGCCUGCCACUCUACUAUUCAAUUCCAGAGUCUCCAAGCUGGUUGAUGUUAAUGAAGAGAAUAAGUGUUCUUCACCACUACCGUAGCAAAGGUGUGGCAGACAAGCAGUGCGUGGACUUGCUUUUGGGCUCAGACUGGUUGCAGCAGCAGAAAGCUGCAGAGGCUUCCAAAGAUCUCCCCCCUGGACACGAUGACCUCAACCUCCUCAAACACCCCACGGUUGUGCUGCGGCUCUGCAUCAUGAGCUACCUCAGUGCUGCCUCGGCGCUGACGUACUUUGGCAUUUGUAUGAACAUCGGCUCCUUUGGCGUGAGCAUCUACUGGGCCCAGUUCUUCUCCGGUCUAUCAGAGAGCCCAUGCCUGCUCAUCCCUUUGGUGCGACUGGGACGCCGACCAAUGAGCAUGCUGACUCUGUUCCUCAGUGGCACUUCCUGCCUGCUGUCCCUGAUGCUGUCCAGAUACCAAUGUGACGCCACGCUGGUGAUGAGUUUUGCGCUAAUCGGCAAAUUCUGCAUCCUGGCCACCAUCUUCAUCUUGGCUCUGUACAGCAUCGAGCUGUUUCCCACGGUUGUCAGACAGCGUUGUGUGUCGCUGGUCAACUUGUGCUUCCGACUGGGCUGUCUGGUCAGCACACUCCUGCCAUCCAGUCCCAGUGGAGCCAUCUCCUUGGCUGCCAUGCUCAUAUACAGCGGCGGCCCCAUUCUAGGGUGUGGCUUGUGUCUUCUCCUGCCUGAGACCAGUGGUACGCCGCUUCCUGACUCGCUUGAGGACUGUCGCAAGCCACCUGAAAACCCGCUCGCCGUUUGUGCCACCUAAAUAACAAGGAAGAUGCAAAAGCAAGUGGAGUAUUUGCAAGUGGAGUAUUUGCAAGUGGAGUAUUUGCAAGUGGAGUAUUUGACUGCACAACAAGGGAGAGACUGCAAGUUUUUGUUAUGUGACCAUUUUUUGUAUAAUGUCCUGAAAUGAAUCAGAACCAAUUAAAUCUAUU